CGGCUAAGUGCUAAGCGCGUGUGAUUCCAUUCCGGAGGCCGGUGUGCGUUGAUUCCUGCGCCCCCGAGAGGACAGGAGGAGAGGACAGCGGGCGAGGCGAGGGAGGAAAAUUCCAGUCCAAGUCUAACGCUUCUCCCUUCUCCUUUUCUUCCUCCCCGCGGCCCUGGGCCUGGUCAGGUCGGUCUUUGCCGCCAUUGCGCGAAUCGCAGCUUCUUCCUGGUGGGAAUUCCUGGAUCAUCAGGGUUGAGCAUUACUGAGAUUGGGAGUGGAAGAAAUCAUGUUCAGGAGAAAGCAUGCCUCUCAUUUCAACUCAAGUGAUACUGAGCAGCGAGAAGCAAAGAUAAAUGAAUUAAAAUCUGCACUUGGACCUCUGUCUGCCCGCUGUGAGAAGUACUGCAGUGAAGCUUGUUUGACAAGAUACCUUGAAGCCCGGAACUGGAAUGUUGCCAAGUCGAAAAAAAUGCUGGAAGAAAGCCUCAAGUGGAGGGCAGCUUAUAGGCCGGAGGAUAUUCGCUGGCCUGAUGUUUCUGUUGAAGCGGAAACCGGCAAAAUGUACAGGGCAAAUUUUCGAGAUAAAGAGGGGAGAACGGUUGUUAUUAUGAGACCUACAAAGGAGAAUACAACAUCCCAUGACGGGCAAAUCCGGUUCCUUGUGUAUGUUUUGGAGAACGCUAUCCUGAACCUGCAUGAAGGUCAAGAGAAAAUGGUAUGGCUGAUAGACUUCACAGGAUGGACAAUGGCCCAUGCCACGCCUAUAAAAACUGCCAGAGAAUGUACAAGCAUCCUGCAAAAUUAUUACCCUGAGAGGCUGGCCACUGCAUUUCUGUUUAAUCCCCCAAAAGUAUUUGAAACCUUUUACAAGGCUGUCAAAUAUUUCCUUGACCCAAGAUCGAUCGAGAAGCUGAACUUCGUGUACCUGAAGGAUGAGGAGAGCAUGAAGGUCCUGUACAGUUGCAUUGAUCCCGAGGUACUUCCUGUAGAGUUCGGGGGAAGGAAGAAUGUGGUGUACAACCAUGAGGACUACUCCAAGCUGAUGCUGGAAGAUGACAUCAAAACCUCAAGCUUCUGGGCAGAUGACGCAAAACCUGUUAACCAUGUUGCCAGAGGGACCUUGGUUGCUGAUGUUACACCUCAGUCGUCCGUAAUUGCCGCUAAAGCCAGUUGAGGAGUAUCCGCCUACCGUGAUGGGAGCUAUUCGUAUAGCUUUAAUGGAGGAAAUAGAUAAGUGAAGGCGCUAAUAGCGUGUUCAUUGUGAAGAGAAAUAAACGGAAUGACAAAAUAGAUGUUACUUGUUCAUACCAAAAUUUGCAGUAAUCAAGCAGUUGAUCUGGUAUAUAUACACUUGAGCUAUAAAGAGGAUAUCUUCGUGGGUCAUUUGGAUGCCAAAGGGCCUGUUCGCUUCAGCUUAUAAGCCGGCUGAAAAGCUGAAACGGCUGAUUUGUUGUGAGCGAAAAAUACUGUUUGGUGACUGAUAAGCCGGCUGAAUAAGCUGAAGCGAACAGGUCCAAAGGUCCAAAAGGAAUGGUGUACAAGGUAGGAGGACAGCCCAAUUAUUGUGCUUACAUCACUCUAAAUACAUCAUGUGCUACUCGGUUACUCCAAGCGUA